GCUAACAAAGAGCCCGUUUUUCUAUCCAGCAACUAGGGAAAUUAAGGGCAUGUCGCCUUGUGACAAAUCCAAGAUUUCCUUGUUGUGUAAUAAUGCAAAGAAAAUCCAUCUAAGAAGAAGAAUAGUUUCCCAAAAUAGUAAGAUAACGGCAGCAGUUACUAACGGCUAUGACGCCGUUGGAGAACUGAAGAUGCCAGCAAUGAUGGAGUCUUGCACAGGAAUUGGAAUAACCAAUUAUUUUGAAGGAAAGAACAUUUUCCUUACCGGUGCAACUGGCCUUCUAGGAAAAGUUCUUGUGGAGAAGAUGCUGAGGUCAACACCAUUGGGAAAAAUAUAUGUACUGGUAAAAGCAGAUGAUCUUGAAACAGCAUGGGAUAGAUUGCAAAAAGAACUUAUAAACUCGGAGUUGUUUGGAUGCAUACAAGAAAAAUAUGGAAAAUAUUACCAAGAAUUUAUAAAGGAGAAGGUGAUACCAAUUGUUGGUAAUAUUUGUGAGCCAAACUUAGGCAUGGACUCUGAUUCUGCUCGAGCAAUUAUGGAAGAUGUCAAUGUUAUUAUUGAAUCUGCAGCCAAUACAACCUUGAAUGAGAGGUAUGAUUUGUUGCUUGAAACUAAUGUCAAUGGCCCUCAAAGACUAAUGAGGUUUGCUAAAACAUGCAAGAACCUUGAGCUACUUGUCCAUAUUUCAACUGUGUAUGUCAAUGGGGAGAAAGAAGGGAUCAUCUUGGAGAAGCCAUUAAUUAUGGGGGAGAUUAAUAGAAGAAAUAAAGACAAUGGAGAAACAUGUCUACCACUUGAUGUUAGUGAUGAAAUAAAUUUGGCAUUGAGAUCAUGCAAGGCUACUUCAAACUAUGAUAUGACCAAAGAUAUGAAAAGGCUUGGAAUGGAAAGAGCAAAAUCUUAUGGAUGGUACAAUACAUAUCACUUGACCAAAGCAAUGGCAGAAAUGAUAAUUCAUGAAACAAGAGGAGAUAUACCUGUGCUUAUCAUUAGACCAUCUGUUAUUGAAAGCUGCUACAAAGAACCUUAUCCUGGUUGGAUCCAAGGAAAUAGGAUGUUUGAUCCGAUCAUUAUUUCAUAUGGAAAAGGACAGCUUCCUGCCUUUCUAGGCAAACCAGAUACACCCAUGGAUGUUAUUCCAUUAGACAUGGUGGUGAACACAACAAUCGCAGCUAUUGCUAAGCAUGGCUUUAUGCAAAAACCAGAAUUGAACGUCUACCAAUUGGCUUCUGAUAUUCUCAACCCGUUGCGAUAUUCCGAUUUUUUUGAAUAUAUUCAUGAAUAUUUUUGCUCAGAACCUCUAAUUGAGUCAGAAAGUUUUACUCGAAUCAAUAAUUACUACAAUGAUUUCGAAAAUAUAAAAUAUUUCGACAAUUUCGAUGAUUUUUCGAGUUAUACAAGAAAUGAAAUAUUUAGACGAUUUGGUGGGAAGACAAAUCAGAUCAAAAUACAAAAGCAAUGCAAAGGGAAAGCUGCAUAUGCUGAGAACUUGUGCAAGAUGUAUCAAUUUUUGGGAUUCUUCAAAGCAAGGUUUCAUGUUGGCAACACGCAGAAGUUAUUGUCUGAAAUGUCGAAAGAGGAGAAAAUGAGCUUUGCAAUUGAUGUAAGAGAAAUAGAUUGGAGGAAAUAUUUUCAAGAAAUUCACAUUCCUGGUUUGAGAAAGCACGUGCUCAAUGAUAAGAGGAUAUCUAUCUAAGACAACUGCAGUUGUGUAGAUUAUUUUACUAAUGAAUUUGUUAUGUUUUUUCUUAUUUUUGAUGCAUC